AUGUUGAGAGAUCGAUUUGGAGGCGACCUCAGCAGCAUCCCCUUGGCCAAGGACAAGCUGACCGGGCCCGCAAUCCCGUCCUCUGCUGCUUCAGAAGCCCCCGCCAGCGCGCUUCCUGGCCCAAGCAAAGCUGACAUGGAUGCAGAGCAGGAGGAGGCCUUCCAGCUUGGGUUGUCGACAAAGGAGCCCGCGGCCGCUGCAAAGACCAGAAAGAGGAAGCGCACGCCGCAGGAGACCAUCAAAGAGGAAAUGGAGAAGCUGGGCACGGAGUUGGAGACCCUGAUCCAGGGCCUGGACCAGGUGCUCACAUCCAAGACCUUCGGCCAGGACGUGGGAAAGCUCGACAGGGCCCUGCAAAAGAAGGCCAAGGAGACUGCGGAGCUCCACAUGUACCAGGAGCAGGAGAUUGUUAAGAAGCGGCAGGCCAAGCUCGAGGCGCUUCGGCUUGCAGCCAAAGCAGCAAAGAGCUACUGCAGUGUCAUCGCCUCUGCCACGAAGAAGCAGGCCUUGCAGGGCGACUUCCUUGCCCGCAUGGGCGAGCUCAUGAAGGAGAUCCCGGAC